UAUUUUUGUUGAUCUGUUAUCCCUCUCGAUCGCGGAGUCACUAUCGAUGGAUCGGCUCCAGCUUCUCCUCCUAGGUUUUCCCAUCCUCCUCUUCUUCUCCGACGUCGUCAAUCUCUUCUCCAUCUCACCUCCGCCUCCUCCCAAAUCAUCCUCUCGUUUCCACCAUCACCCGCCUCACUCAAAUCAUCCGAUCUCCGAUUUCCCCACCAGUCCGCAGAGUCCCCAGAUUGGCGGUCUUGGUUAUGGCACUAGGGUAGACCUGAAGUUCUGUGUUUCCUGCUCUUACAAGGGUACUGCAAUGACAAUGAAGAAAAUGCUGGAAGCUUCUUUUCCUGGGAUUGAUGUAGUAUUAUCGAAUUACCCACCGGCAUUCCCGAAGCAUUUGCUGAGUAAAGUUGUUCCUGUUCUUCAAAUAGGAGUUAUUGCAGUUAUAACAGCAGGUGAUCAGAUAUUCCCUAGACUCGGCAUGGCCCCACCUCCAUGGUACUAUACUUUGCGUGCUAAUAGAUUUGGUUCUAUGGCAUCAACAUGGCUACUUGGCAACUUCUUGCAAUCAUCUCUGCAGAGUUCUGGUGCAUUUGAGGUUUACUGUGAUGGUGAAUUGGUUUUCUCAAAACUGCAAGAGCAGAGAUUCCCCAGCGAGUAUGAACUGAGGGAAUUAAUUGCCAAGAGACUACCCGAUCCUUCAUUCAGCAGCAACCCGGGAAGAGUUGUACUGUAAUGAUUCUCGCACAGGAAGCAACCUGUGUGAGAAGGGCCAAAACUGACUGCCCGGUUGAUAUGUUCAGUGUGGAUGUUACAUAAAUUCUGACAUUAGAAAAACUAUCACGCUUCUGACUUUUUACUUGUUUGUUUGGAAUGAUUGUUGUCUUUUAUGUGAUGAUAUGCUUUGUGUU